UUUCAGUAUUGCGAAUGAAAGUGGAUGAAUUAGAAAGAGAACUGACUAAAUCUCAAAAGACAUUAAAUCGGAGUAAGAGAGCUCGUGAGGUAGAAACACUUUUACAAGAAAAUGAAAGUUUACAACGUAAAUUACAAAGCCAAGAAGAUGAAUUUCGUCUACAAAAUACUACUUUAGUACAAGAAUUAUCAACUUUGAUUUCAACAAAUGCUGCUUUAGAAAAAGAAUUAAAAGCAGCAAAUAUAGAAAAUAGCGAUGGAAAUAAGGAAAAUAUCUCUUCCGAUUUAGAAAAUGAAAUAAGGCAUUUACAAGCUGAAAAUGCAGCACUUUUAAAAUCUCUUGCAGAAAGCAGAAAACAAUAUGAAACUGAAAUUAUUUCUUCAAAAGCUACAAGAAAUUGUGAUGGAGAUAUAAAGGUAGCUGAUCCAUUGACAUCAGAAAAUUAUGAAAACAUUGUUGCUUUGAAAGAGCAAUUAAAACAAUUUACAGAUCUGAAAUUGAAAUUAGAUAUAGAAGAAGAAGAAAAAAAGAUGCUAGCAUCUCAGAUUGAUGAAAUGAAGAAAACACACAAGCAAGAAAUUUCAAAUCUACAAGAAGAAAUUCAUAAGCUCACAGAUAAAUUAAGAAGGAAACAAGAAAGCAUUGUUCAAUUACAACAGGAAAAAGAACAACUUUAUACUGAAACUAAGAAAUCUUAUGAAACCUUACAGUCUUCAAAGGAUCAUGAUAUUCAGCAAUUGAAUGAACAAAUUCAAAGACUUCAAACUCAGCUAUCAAAUUCUUUACAAAUUCAACAAGAACAAAAGCAGAAAUCUUCUUUAACAAUUCAACAACUAGAAGAAUCAAUCAGUUUAUUGAAAUCUCAAAUAAGUGAACAUAGCAAUGAAAUAGUAAAACAAUUACAAGAAGAGAAACAAGCAAUGGAAUCAGAUUUACUUGCAACUAAAAUGUUACUAGAAGAUUCACAGAAAGAAGUGCAAUUAUUAAGUUGUCAAUUAGAAGAAUCUCAAAAUCAGUCACAACAAUUAGAGAAUGAUCUCAAGCAAAUGACCAUAGAAAAGAAAUCAGCAGAAUAUACAGUUGCUGAAGCCACUAAAGUAGCAGAAAAAAGGAAAGCUCUUCUCGAUGAAAUGGCUGUACAUUUACAAGAAACAUCAGAUCAACUUACUGAAGAAAUUGUCAAACAAAGAGAGCAAUAUUUAUCACAGAUAGAUGAUUUAAAGAAAGAAUUGGAAUUAGAAAAGGAAAAAUCUUCAAAGUUAGAUUACUAUAAAUCAUUAGUAAAAGACUUGGAAUUAAAAUUAGAAACUGCUGAAGAUAAAAAAACUAUUCUAGAGCAAAAAUUAACACAAUUAGAAAAAAGUCUUGACGAUGCAAAAUCUCAUCAUCAAGCUACUCUUAAUAAAUCAGUUCAGGAACAUAAUGAGAAACUUUCCAAACUUUCUACUGAAAUGGAAGCAGCAUUAAAAGAUCUGACAAGUCAGCUUGAUGUUACUACUGCACAGAAGUCAGAACUUGAAGAGGAAGUAAUCAGAUUGAAACAAGAUGCCAAAGAUGUAAUAGAAGAAAGAAAAAUUCAAGAAAAAAAAGGCUUAUCAAUGGUUAAAGAAUUAAAGCGACAGUUACAAGUUGAGCGUCGACGAGCAGAAAAAUUGCAAGAAAGAUUACAAGAAUUAUUAAAUGAGUCUCCUCAAAGUAGAUGUGAUGACAUACUUCAGUCAGUAGAGUUAUCUGAUAAACAAAAAGGUGAUACCAGUAGUAUAAGUUCUUGGAGUCUAAUGUCUGGUGGAAAUUUAGAUAGCAGUAAAGAAAGUGCUGCUGCUUCAGAAAUGCCAAAUCACACUUCAGAAAGAAACACUCCUGUACAUCUGGAACAGGAAACUAGCAAUUUACUGGAGAGAGUUGCAAUUUUGCAAGAAGAAAAAUGGACUUUAGAAGAAAAGAUUAAUCAUUUAGAAAUGAGUAAUGCUGCCAUGGCUGAAGAUUUAAUGAAGAAAACAUCAAUUAUCCAAUAUUAUUGCAUGGAAGGAAGAGGUGGUGAACCGAAUUCUCAUCUGAUUUCACAUGAUAAAUUAACAGUACGAAGAGUUAUGGAUUUUAUCAAGGAUAAAGGAGAUGAGAAUUUGAGGGAAAGGAAUCGUCGUAUGCAAAGAAUGUUAGAAGAGACUUUAACAAAAAAUAUGCAUUUACAAAAAGAUUUAGAGUUUCUUUCAAAUGAAGUAUCUCGUCUGAAUAAAAUUAAUGAAGAACCUGAAGAACUGAUGAUUUCCAUGGGACCAACAACAUAGAAAUAUAUUUGUUUAAAUGUUGUAAUAAAUGCCUGUUAAUAUAAAACUAAAACAAAAGCUUGUUUAUGUAUAAAAUUUGUAGAUAUUACAAAAUGCAAUAUGAUGAGGGAAAGUAUCUUCCUUGACUUGGGAUUUUAUGUUGGCUUAACAUCACAAAUGUGUUGCUAUUUAUUUACUUUUAAAGACUGAAUACUAGUUAAUGUAAAAUAUUAGGAUUUCACUGUUUCAAAAAUAUGAAAAUACUGCAAGCACUUCCACAGGGUAGUAUUAACAAGACAAACUCAAAUUGUAUCCAUUCAUCUUUUAAAUGAUUUAAUUUUCAUUAAUUUAAGCCUUUUGGUGUGAAAAUAAAAUUAGGAAUAAAUUGCAUAUUCUCAUAUUUUUCUAUAAAAAGAAUUUACUUAUGAAAUUUUUUAUAAUUUUACAAGAACAGUGAUUAUUUAUGACAGUCUUUAUGAUUUGAAUAAAGAAGAAAAUAAUAAUGAAAUAUAUAAAUAUAUGUAUUUA